AUGGGAACGGAUGAUGACCUUCCUCCUUCACAUCAGAAUAGGUUUGCAAGUGGGGGCCGUGUUGGGAAUGGAAGAUCUGCAGUUGUGCGUACUGCUUCAUUCCCUCGUAAGCAUAGUGAUAUGGAGACUCGGAUCCACCACAUAGAGCAAGAAGCCUAUAGUUCAGUGCUGCGCGCCUUCAAAGCUCAAUCUGAUGCCAUUACUUGGGAAAAGGAAAGCUUAAUUACAGAACUCAGAAAAGAGCUGAGAGUAUCAGAUGAGGAACACAGAGAGCUUCUAUCAAGGGUUAAUGCCGAUGACAUUAUCAGGAUGAUAAGGGAGUGGAGGGCAAGUGGGCUCCAACCUUGCAUGCUGAAUAGUAACCAGCCUGUUCAUGACCCCAUUCCUAGUCCUACUGUCUCAGCAUCACGAAAGAAACAAAAGACAUCUCAACUGGUACCUGCAUUAUCCUUGGGAGCACCAUCUCCAUCAUUGCAGCCAUCUUCAUCGGCCUUAAAACGAGGCCCUGUUUUAGGAGUGAGGGGCAAGAAGCCAAAAUCAUUCCCUUCUACAGGUUUCAUUGGAAGGGCUCAAGUUCCUGGCCAGGGUUCUUCAGGUUCCUUUGCUGUAAAUGAACCUGCUGAAAUAACAAACUUUGACACCGAUACGUUAAUUGGAAGGAAAGUUUGGACAAGAUGGCCCGAGGACAAUAGCUUCUACGAGGCUGUUAUUACUGAUUACAAUCCUGCAGAGGGCCGACAUGCACUUGUUUAUGAUAUCAAUACAGCAGAUGAAACAUGGGAAUGGGUCAAUCUCAAAGAGAUAUCUCCUGAAGACAUUCGGUGGGAGCGUGUGGAUCAUGGAAUUUCUGGCAGAGGAGGUCAUAGUGGACCAGGCCGUGGAUCUAAGAAAUCUAUGUCCCGUGCUGGUGCAGUUGCUGGUAUUGGAAGGGGAAGAGGAAGCAUAAAGGGCUCCCGAAAAGACUUUCCUCAAUUACAAAAUGGCGUUGGAAAGAAGGCUUUGGGUGAUAUCGAAAUACUUCACACUGAUACUCUAAUUAAAGAGGUGGAGAAAGUUUGUACUGCAAGCUAUCCUGAUGUUAUAGAGAUUGAGAAAGCAAAGAAAGUGCUUAAAGAGCAUGAGCAAGCGUUGGUAGAUGCUAUUGCACAACUUGAAGAUGCAUCUGACAGUGAAAGUGAUGGGGGAGAGCAUCAAUAUUCUCAAGGACAAUCAAUGGACCAAGAACUGAGGAUGGAGAAAUCGACGUUAUGAUGAAGUGGCAGAGAUAGAAGAGUAGUUGAAGGUGGAGAUGUCAACAACAUGGCUCAUGACACAAGCUGGAUUUGAUAAGCAAAGCAAGGCAAGGGCAACUACGUGUAAUUGUCAUGGGUUUUUAGGACUAGGGAAUUCCUACUGGUAACAUGCCAUAGUUAGAAUACCCAGAUAGAAGAGAUCUCAGUGGGUGUGGGCACUCCUAGCUGGGAUAUGCCUGUGUAAAAUUAUGUAAUGAUUAGUAAAUUAUGUAAGCGACGGAUUCAAUAGUAUUAGCC